UGUGGCAACUAAGAUCAACACGCGAUUUUCUUGUCUCUCAUAAAUUUGUCAUUGGGCACCGAUUUUCUGGAAGAAGUUUUUGUAAUUUAAAUAAUAAAACACAUUUAAUUUUUUCAAAAUGUAUGGACAGCAACCUAUAUUAGUUCUCAGCCAAAAUACAAAACGUGAGUCCGGCCGGAAAGUUCAGCUUGAAAAUAUUAGUGCAGGAAAGACCAUAGCCGAUGUUAUAAGAACAUGCCUCGGACCUCAGGCCAUGUUAAAAAUGUUAAUGGACCCUAUGGGAGGCAUCGUGAUGACCAACGAUGGUAAUGCUAUACUCAGGGAAAUCACAGUCCAACAUCCAGCUGCAAAAUCUAUGAUCGAAAUCGCAAGGACCCAAGAUGAAGAGGUUGGAGAUGGAACCACAUCAGUCAUAGUGCUAGCAGGAGAAAUGUUGGCGAUUGCAGAACCUUUCUUGACACAGAAUAUUCAUCCAACAGUCAUCAUCAGAGAAUACCGCCAAGCUUUAGAGGAUGCUAUAGUUCUGCUUCAAGACAAAAUUUCAGUGCCUGUAGAUUUGAAUGAUAGAGAUAAGAUGAAAGAAGUUAUUCGUUCAUGUGUUGGAACAAAGUACAUCGGUCGUUGGGCAGAUCUUGCCGUAGACAUUGCUCUUGAUGCGGUUAAUACUGUUACUGUGAAUGAUAAUGGCAGAAUUGAGGUUGACAUUAAAAAUUAUGCAAAAGUGGAAAAGAUCCCAGGUGGCACAGUUGAAGAGUCUCGUGUACUCAGCGGUGUUAUGUUCAACAAGGAUGUAACCCAUCCAAAGAUGAGGAGGUAUAUUGAAAAUCCGCGCAUUAUCCUGUUGGAUUGCCCACUUGAAUACAAAAAGGGAGAGAGUCAGACCAACAUUGAGAUUAUGGGUGAACAGGACUUCACUAAACUGCUACAACUAGAAGAGGAACAUGUACAGCGUCAAUGUGAAGAAAUUAUUGCACUUAAACCAGAUAUUGUCUUUACCGAAAAGGGAGUUUCAGAUCUUGCACAACAUUACCUUGUUAAGGCUGGAAUUACUGCUAUCCGCAGACUCCGUAAAACGGACAACAACCGUCUAGCGCGGGCGUGUGGAGCAACAAUUGUCAACCGUACUGAGGAACUCAAGGAAUCCGAUGUCGGCACUGGAGCUGGACUGUUUGAGAUCAAGAAGAUCGGAGAUGAAUAUUUCACUUUUGUCACUGAAUGCAAGAACCCCAAGGCAUGCACAAUAUUACUCCGUGGUGCUUCUAAGGAUGUCCUGAAUGAGAUUGAAAGGAAUCUUCAAGACGCUUUACACGUCGCCAAGAAUUUGGUGGUGUCGCCGCGGCUGGUGGCGGGGGGCGGCGCCGCGGAGAUGGCCGUGUCCAGCGCGCUGUCGCACCGCGCCGCGCACAACACGCCCUACAGGGCCGUCGCCACCGCGCUCGAGAUAAUACCGCGCACGCUGGCGCAGAACUGCGGCGCCAACACCAUCCGCACGCUCACGGCGCUGCGGGCGCGCCACGCCGCCGGACUCGCCUCCGCCGGCAUCGACGGCGAGACCGGCGAGAUCGUCGACAUGGCCGUCAAGGGGAUCUGGGAGCCGCUCGCCGUUAAACUGCAGGUGUACAAAACAGCCGUCGAAACAGCGAUCCUGCUGUUGAGGAUCGACGACAUCGUGUCGGGCUCCAAGAAGAACAAGAACAACGAGCCCGCGGCGCCGGCCGAGAUGGCCGCACAAGAAAACUAACUUACAUAAUAUUAUUAGCAUUUAAGCUCGCUUUUGGGACUAAUCUUGACCGUAGUUCAGCAGAUGUCAUUCAAAUUACACGGUCUUGGGCAGUCUGUUCUAACUCUUCCCACGUCAUACCCAAGACCCCUAGCUCCUGCUCCACCGAGCAACGCCAAGUUGCUCUGGGGCGGCCUCUCUUCCUUUUUCCAGACACUUUCCAGGUCAGUGCUCUCUUUGAUUUAUAGAUUUGGAGAGAACUUAACGGUAGAAAGCGGCCUGGUUCUGCUCCUGGCAUUGCUGAAGUCCAUGGGCUCUCCUCUGCCUACAAGGGCCAUAAAAAAUAUCUUUUUCUUACCCUUAUCCCAAUAUCCAAAUAUAUUAUGUCUUUUGAAUAUCAAUUUGAUUUUUUUAGUUUAAACCGACCAAAUUGUGAGUUAAAUUGUCAGUCAGGAUAAUUAGUUUGUCAUCGGUGUUGUUUUUUUUUCAUUAAUUCAAGGUUCACAGGAAUUCAAUAAAAUAUUUUUAAUGUUACUUUCAGUUCUAAGUUCAGUAAUGUGAAAACCGAUAUGAAUUGUUAUAUUUCGAUCAGUUAAUAUUUGAUUUAUGAGUUUAGCAAAUAUCAUGUUCAAAAAUUACUUAGUCUUGUUUUGACGGAUUGAGUGUGCACUGCUGAAAUACGUUAAAUUUUGACACUGGCAACAUUUCAUCGACAGUUCAGCCGAGAAUUUCAAGUUAUGUCCCAAAGGAUUUAGAAUUUCUAUCGCUAGCUAACUAUUUGUUUAAUAAUCUUAACUACGGGAAGUGAGACCGAUCACAAAUGCUUGUCUUAUAUUUUUGUCUUAUAAUUACAAUGUCUUAUUUAUGAUAAUGUAUUUUGAAAAAGUUGUCUUUUUUUUUUCGGAUUAUAGUUUAGUUUUGUCUGGCGCUGACUAGUGUUAGUGUCGUCAGCACCGUGAGCAUUUUAUUUUCUUGGAAUCUUAAUAUGUAACAAAAGUAUUAAACAUUUUAUAAACUAAAAA